AUGAAAGUGGUCUUUAUGCCUUUGGGCGUUUAUUUAAACAACUAUGGAUACAUUUUACAAGGUACCAUUGAAAAUUCAUUCUUGUUUAAUAUACAAGCAAUGAGCUCGACCCCUCCUUCAUUAACCUCAUCCAAUCUUCGGCCACCUUCUAUUCCUUUCUUUACUCCGGAAAUGAAUCCUAACCAGGCCAUGUUACCUCUUGACGUAGAAUCCCGAGCACAUUUAUGGAAGCUAUUGAAUGUGUGGCUGGCUCAGGAACAAGUACCAACAUCACCAUGGGCACAUGUGCUGAUGGACAUUGGCAUCAAAGUUUCGGAUGAACUGGUCAUGACACGACAAAAAAUAACGGUGGCCAGUAUGGCAACCAAUGUGCCGCACGAAGCACAGAGCGGAAUGUUUAUACAAGCCUUUUCAUGUGAUACGGCUAGUCACUCACGUUAUAUACCUGAUGCACACCAUGGAGACCUACUAUCAAGCUUGUUGCCUGAUUUACCCUGGCAUGCCUUGACUGUGAGUGGAUUAAUUAGGCUUUACGGAGUCCCCACCUGGGCUACAUUGAAGAUCUCUAAAAUAAUGGCAGCCACAAUAUAUGUCUUACAUAGUUUGACACUCGAGAUUCAUGUUAUGCGAGACCAUCACAUUAAUCUCGUCUCGUAUUCACCCGACCCUCCUGUAGUAGAUGUACAGCAAUUAGAUCCAGACCCCGAACCAGUUAUUCCAGAAAAACAUACAAUGAAAUUCAAACCCUUUGGUUGGCUCUGGCCUAGAAAAAAGUCUACAGCGGAUCCGCCAAAACAAAAACCUAGAAGAGGGUCCCAUUUUAUCCCACGCCUGUCAAUAUCCAAGAAACCCGAUGGGUUAGCUAGUUCCGGAGACACUGCCGUAUCCUUGUCGGGUGGACUGUCCUUUAAGUCUUUCAGAAGAAAUAGUCAAGAGUACCAGUCAAAAGAAUCAAAUCAACCAGGACCCAUCGCAUCAGAUCUAGACCACUAUUCAAAGAUGCACAAGCAGUUUGAAAUGGCAGUUGUAUCCUCAUCUCCCGAUUGCUCGUUUUCUGUCCCAAGCAUAAUUCUGAAACUUGAGGCUGAAGAAGAAAACCUGAACGUUAUUCGAUCCGUUGUGUAUGACACUCAGCAACCUCAGCAACCUCUCCAGCCAAUCAUGCCCUCAAAACUGCAUCUUAUUCGUCGAGCAUCGAGUCUUUUUUUAGGCCAACGUAGAAAGGUUGAUGGUGAACGCGAAGAAGAUCCCCCACAAAAAUCCUUCUUAUUACCUUCGAUUGUCUUGCCUCAAUCAGUGGAAGCGUAUUCUUUGUUGCGCAUUCCAGAAUCAGUAAGGGAUCACAAGCUAGGACUUGAUCAUCUAUUAUUAGAGAACAACACCCUCGAUAGUUUUGUACGCCAUCAGCAAAUGACACUUGCGUACACAUGUUAUCCAGUUGGAUGCCCCGAUCGACCUUGUAUCGGGCCUAUUCUGUGCAAGACUGUAUAUUUUGAUUAUCAUCUUUGUAAAGAUGAUGACCUGGAAGCAUUUCACCCUACGGCAGAUCAGCCACUUGGGAAAAUAAUUGAACAUUGGUGUAAUCGCAGCCAGGAAGCAUGUAAACAUCGUAUUGAAGAACGUUUUAGCUCCCCAGAUGGACAACCUCUUGCGCCCGCACUUGUACAUCAACCAAGCCUUACUUUUCGUAUUCCACCUGACAGCCCUUCACUUGAAAAAGGAUCUCCUCUCGCCCAACCAACCAACAAACCUGAAACACGCAAGACAAUAUUUCAUGAGUGCAGUCAGCCUAUGCUCGAUCACAUCUUACGAUUCGCGCAGGCUAAGCAUCGAGUUGAUGUCUACCUGUGUCAAGAAGACGGACCUAAUACCCCUGAAACUGUUUCCACAUCAGUACACAAUAUAACAAUAUGGAUGACCUGCAAUGUGUGUGAUGCUACAACCGCUCCUGUACCCAUGUCCACUGGCACAUACAAUUACUCGUUUUCAAAAUACCUAGAGUUGAUGUUUUACAGCAAAAGAUUUGUUGCUCCAUCGACAUUGUGUUCACACGCCAAUAGUCGGAAGGCUAUCACCCGAUGUUUUCGGCUGGGAUCAAGUGCCCAUAGUAUUACGGUCAAGAUGGCAUACGAAACCACAAAUGUGUACAAUCUUAAUGCCCCUCAAAUUCAAGUUGUGCCUGAUGAAAUUGUGGCUCGUCCUGUAGACCAAGAAGUACAUUUUGACUUACCCCCUGCUAUUUCUGAGGUUCCCCCCAGCCGUAGUUCUCGCUUGAGCGAGGCUGUUCAAAAACGAUGGCGCGGGGUUGUGGAACAGGAAAUCAAUGGUUUCUUUGAUGCGAUAGCUCGACAUCUGGUGAUCCUCCAAAAUUCUUUAAUGGUUAUCACAGCUCCUACUGCUGUCGCUACUGCUGCUGAUGGCAAUUCUGCUGACACUAUUGUUACUACUGCUACGACUGCUACUGCUAUAGAUGAAAGGAAUUCUGGUACCAAUCCAACUGUUACUACUACUACUACUACUACUACUACUACUACUGCUGCUGCUGCUGCUGCUGCUGCUGCUGCUUCUAAUGUAGUUGAAAUCAAGGCGUCACUUGCUGCUCUCAAAAAGACGUUGCUGAUUGACAAGGAAGAGUUUAUGCACGAAUUGGGUAUGACCGAUGGCUGUGAUCUCAAUGAUUAUCGACGGUCGUUCUCUUUCAAGACCACCAGUUUACUACAACGUCUGUCCGAAUGGCAACACGAGCAUGACAUCCAAGCCCCCGAAUGUGUAUGGGAUGCCCCUGAAUAUGUCCGAUCAAAGCAAAUACAUUGUUUCCCAUCUUCUUCCAUUCUUGUACGUGAAGAUGAGCCAUCGUCCAUCAUAGCUUACACUUUAAGUUCUGGUGAUUAUGUGGAGGAAAUGAAACUAGAAUCUGCACCUUUUAGGAAGACUAACUGUGAGCGAUCAAAGGGUCUCAAACGAUCUGAUACCAUAAAGUCUAACGAUUCAAUUCGUUCUAAUGGAACUCAGCGGACAACCCUGAAAUCAACCGAUAUUCCACUGCCUACAAUGUCUUCGUUUGAUUCAACCGAUAAUAUGAGAGACGUUUCAAAGGCUGCUAUUGAAAAGACCCAAUUAUCAAAUCAACCAAAUGUUGUCGAUGGAUACUAUUCUACUAUUGAGCGCAAAUACAUUGCACCCUCUACUGGUGCCGCAAGUGAAACAGCAUCGUUUAGAACAAUGGUAAUGGAAACAUUUAAAAUCAAUGUAGAUGAGGCUCGGAAUAGUUCACAUGGUAGUAUAUCUGGCAUUUUGAAGAACUAUCUGUGGACUCCAACUGCAAAAGAGCCUGUGACUCCUUCUGAAAAGGAAGAUCUUGAGCGACAGAUGAGUGUACGAGUGCUAGACACAAAAACAACCGAGAAAGCAACUGCACCGAUGGCUGCAAAUGAAUCUACAAAAGAAAUCAAGCUAUCGUCAUACUUCCAUGGAAGAAGGUCAUCACAUCAGACUCUUGGAUUAUCUCUUGUAAAUGAGCCGGACAACAAAGUUAUGAGCCCACAUCUUAAACAUAAAUUUGUACAUGAAACUAUGGAAUUUACAUGCGUUGUAUAUUAUGCCAAAGAAUUCGAAGGUCUUCGAAAACAGUGUGGUAUUGAUCAAUUGUUUCUACAAUCUCUUAGUCGAUGCCAAGGAUGGGCAAUUGGCGGAGGUAAAAGCAAGAGUCACUUUUAUAAGACACGAGAUGAUCGUUUGAUAGUCAAAGAAAUGGUCAACGCGUGGAAUUUAACCGAAAAAGAUACCUUUCUUAAAUUUGCGCCUAAAUAUUUUGAUGCGAUGAAACAGUGUGCCGAGGCACCUUCAUUACUAACAAAGAUCUUUGGAUUUUACACUAUCCGUAUGCGGUCUCUUGAAGAUAAGAAAGUAUUUUUGAAUAUAGAUGUUCUGGUUAUGGAGCACUUGUUCUAUGGACAGUCUAUUAUCAAAAGAUUUGACUUUAAAGGGAUUCAGGAUCGACGAAUGGAAGAGAGCCGGAAAGAGAAGAGUGUCACGACCUUGUGGGACGGGGAUUGGGUUAAUGACUAUCGUAUGGAAUUUCCUAUUCAUGAGCAAGCCCGCGCUUUGUUGAAAGAGGCAAUUGAGCGAGAUACUGAAUUUUUGAUGAAGAGCAAUAUAAUGGAUUAUUCAUUGUUAGUUGGAAUUGAUGAGCAAAAACAAGAAUUGAGUGUAGGCUUAGUUGAUUUUAUUGGUACUUUUACUUGGUACAAGAUGAUAGAGUCCAAAAGUAAAUUGAAACUUCAGCCACAUAAAGAGGUUACAGUACUCCCUCCAGAGCUUUAUAGAGCGCGUUUUUGCCGUGAAGUAUCGGAUUACUUUGUAGCUAUACCAGGUAAUAGUAUUGUUGUUAUUGCAGCUUGA